AUGAGAGCGCUCAGCUUCGUCUUCGCGUUGUGCGGCGUAUGGCACGCGUUACUUGCCCCGGUCCAUGCUCAGAUUAGGUCCACCGGCCUUACCACAGAUGUCGAAUGGGACACGCACUCGCUCUUCAUCCGAGGUCAACGCGUCUUCAUCCUCUCCGCUGAAUUCCACCCGUGGCGCCUGCCGAACCCGAACCUCUGGAUUGACGUCUUUCGGAAGAUCAAGGCGAAUGGCUUCAAUACGGUGUCCUUCUGCAUCAACUGGGCUCUUCACUAUCCUACCCCGGACGCUGGCGGCGGCGAAGGUGACUGGCAGGAGGGCACCUAUCGGGACAUUCAGAGAUUUAUCGACGACGCCAAAGCUGCAGGACUGUGGUUGAUCGUGAGACCCGGACCGUAUAUCAACGCCGAAACGACCGGCGGUGGGUUCCCGGGAUGGGUAGGCAACAUCGCAGGAAGCUUGAGGACCGAUGAUGUCAACUAUACAGAAGCCUGGUUGCCGUACCUGACCUCCGUCUCCAAGAUCAUAGCGAGGAAUCAGAUUACCAACGGCGGCCCAGUGAUCCUGGUACAAGCCGAGAACGAGUUCAGCGCUGGGGCUGGCCGAAGCGACUAUAUGCAGCAUGUCAUUGACACGUUUCGAGCAAACGGCAUCGUUGUUCCUUUAACGCACAACGACAUUCACUCGGGACAAGCUGGUAACUUCAGUCCGGAUAAAGGUGGCCAAGGAGCCGUCGACAUCUACUGCGGUGACACGUAUCCGCAAGGGAAAUCAAAAUGGGCGCAAACCCAAACUGUCUACUAUGAUUACCAUAAAGCCGAGGCGCCAAGUAACCCACUUUGUUUGGCUGAGUUCGGCGAUGGAAAGCUCCUAGGAUGGCAAGCCAAUGCGCUGGGUGGUACUGGUUAUGAGAAGUAUACGACGACACUGGACAACAGCGAGUUCGAAUCUAUCUUCUACAAGGAUGCAUAUGGGCAGACGGCGACGAUCUUUAACAUCUACAUGAUCUUCGGCGGCACAAACUGGGGUCAGACAGCCGAGCCCACAGUCUACUCAAGCUAUGACUACGGAGGCGCUCUCAACGAGAAUCGCGUAGCUACGCUGAAGAUGAAUGAACUGCGCCUUCAAGGUGCUUUCCUCCGCGUCGCUCGCGAGUUGACCGGGGCCACACUGAUCUCCAACGGAACAAACUACACCACUACGUCAUCGAUUCACACGGCCGAACUUCGCAACCUUGAGAGCGGCUCGGCGUUCUACGUUCUUCGCCAUAACGACUCCACGUCGACUGAGAUAACCUCAACUUCGCUCAGCGUCGUCACGUCGGAGGGCGACCUUGAGAUUCCCAAGUUCGGCAACAUUACACUCACGGGGCGCGAUAGCAAGAUCAUAGUCACGGAUUUCGUCUUCGGCACCGAUGAUACUUCGAUACUGUACUCUACAACUGAGAUCUUCACUUGGACCACGAUCGGUGAUCGCGACUACCUGGUACUGUACGCUCAACCGGGCGAGAAUGGGGAGACGGUGCUGAAGCUCGACAACGAGCCGACUGUUAGCUUGACUGAGGCUCCCACCGCCACUUCCGCCUAUGAAGAUGGUCUUCUAUACCUAAACUACGCUUUGGACGGUGACCAAUACAUUGACGUCGAAGGGAAUAGUUCGACCACUAUCAUCGUCCUGGAUAAGAAAUCCGCAUACAACUGGCACGCGCCCAUCUUGCCCGGUGAUGGCGACUUCCCGAACUUCUUCUCGAUCGGAUCGAACGCAUCUGUGCUUGUGAAGGGUCCGUACCUCGUACGCAACGCAAGUAUCUCCGGCGACACACUCUUCCUGACAGGGGACACUAACGGUACUACUACUCUUGAGGUCUUUGGUCCCUCUAACGUGAACUCGCUGUUCUGGAACGGAAAGGCCUACGAUGUCAACCCCACGACGCACAGAUCGUACGUCGCUCAUAUCGAGGCCGCCGAUCCCGUCGCUCUCCCGACACUCGGCGCGUGGAAGGUUCUGGACAGCCUUCCCGAGGCGGACGCGGACUUCGAUGACUCGGACUUUGUGACAGCGGACCUCACAGACACGAACUAUACUAAUCUGCCUCCACUCUCUGGAGACGUUGUGCUCUACUCGCAGCAAUACGACUUCUUCGGGGGCAAUUUGAUCUUCCGCGGCCAUUUCAACGCGUCAGGCAACGAGACAGGCGUCGAGCUUACAGUCAUCGGCGGAUUUGCAUUCGCAUACUCAGCGUUCCUCAACGGUCACUUCAUUGGCUCUGGCGAAGGCAAUUCGACAGUAGCCGAAGUCACAGAUACUUGGAGCUUCCUUAACGACAGUUUGAGAGUUGGGAAAGACAAUGUAUUGACUAUCAUACAAGAUCAUAUGGGUCUUGCAGAAACAAGCUCUAACGAUGGUAAAGAACCCCGAGGCCUUCGUGGUUACCAGAUUCUGGGCUCCAAUACCACCUUCUCUUACUGGAAGGUCCAAGGUAAUCAGGGUGGUGCACGCCAGGCCCCCGAUACCUUCCGUGGCUACCUGAAUGAAGGCGGUCUUUACGCAGAGCGCAUCGGCGCUCAUCUCCCUGGAUUUGACGAUUCAAGCUGGACGAACGGUUCGCCUCUUACCGCAGAUGGCGGUGGAUUAAAUGGCCCUGGAGUGAACUUCUACAGGACCUCAUUUACUUGGACGGCUCCGCCUGAUGUUGAUGCUCCGCUGCGAUUGUCCAUCACGCCAAGUGACAUCGACGUACAUUUUCGUGUUCAGAUCUAUUUGAAUGGAUGGCAGUUGGGCAAAUACGUGAAUAAUCUUGGUCCCCAAACCGUCUUUGUUUUGCCACCUGGCAUACUGAAGCGUGAAAACGAAAACACGCUUGCGGUAUCUCUUUGGUCACUUGACGCUGGACCGGCUGGGCUAGCCGGUUUGGAGUUCAUCUCGGACGGUCAAUUUUCCUCUGCACUCGAUCUACAAGACUACGACCUUGCGCCUGAUUAUAAAGCUCUUCGUUUUUCAUCUUCCUAG